AUGCAUCUGAGUCCGCGGGAAGAAGAGCACUUGAUGCUGCACACUGCCGGUUUGCUGGCGCAAAAGCGCUUGGCACGGGGCCUGCGCCUCAACUACGCCGAAGCCGUUGCCUUACUGGCCACGCAAGUGCUCGAGUUCAUCCGAGACGGCAAAACAGUGGCCGAACUCAUGACCCUCGGCGCGCAGUUGCUCGGCAAACGCCAAGUGAUGGACGGCGUGGCGUCGAUCCUGGACGAAGUGCAAGUGGAAGGCACGUUCCCGGACGGCACGAAGCUCGUGACGGUCCACAAUCCCAUUGCCAGUUUAGAUGGCGACCUGUCGCUUGCGCUGUACGGGUCGUUUCUACCUGUGCCGGCGCUGGAAGUCUUUGGUCCUUCGACUGCCGAGCCGACGAAGGCGCUCGGAGCGAUCAUUACCCGGGACACGGACAUCGUGCUGAAUGAAGGCCGCGAGAAGCGCGUGCUGCAGAUCACCAACUUGUCGGACCGACCGAUUCAAGUCGGUAGUCACUACCAUCUCAUUGAGACCAAUCCGUAUCUCGAGAUGGAUCGGAAACUCGCGUACGGUUACCGCUUGAACAUUGCAUCGGGCACGGCGGUGCGCUUUGAACCGGGGGACCAGAAGACGGUUUCGAUCGUCUCGAUUGCGGGGGCGAAGGUGAUCACGGGUGGCAAUAACGUCGCAUCGGGCGUCGUGGACGAGUCCAAAGUGGACGCUAUUGUUGCAGAUGCACUCGCCAAAGGCUUCCACCACAAGCCACUGGAUGUGAGUCAGCUGCCUGCGUGCACGACCCAACCUGACUUUGGAAUCUGUACGAUGCCCAGAAGUGUGUACGCGCAGAUAUAUGGUCCGACGACAGGAGACGUGGUGCGUCUUGGUGACAUGGAGCUGUACGUGGCGGUGGAAAAGGAUUUGACAGUGUACGGAGACGAGUGCAAGUUUGGAGGCGGUAAGGUGCUUCGGGAAGGUAUGGGUCAGGCGUCUGGCAGGACGUCCGAUCAAGUCGUGGAGACGAUCAUCACCAACGCUUUGAUUGUGGACUACACGGGUAUCUACAAGGCCGACGUUGGGAUCACGAACGGACUCAUUGUGGGCAUUGGCAAAGGAGGCAACCCAGACGUCAUGGACGGCGUGAUGCCCGACCUGGUCGUCGGCGUGAACACGGAAGUGAUCGGGGGCGAAGGUCUGAUUCUUACUGCAGGAGGCUUUGACGCCCACGUACACUUCAUCUGCCCUCAGCUCUGCACCGAAGCACUUGCGAGUGGCUUGACCACGCUGCUCGGUGGAGGAGUCGGUCCAACGAGCGGGACAAAGGCUACGACGUGCACACCCGGUCCGAACCAUAUCAAGCUGAUGCUCCAGGCGACAGACGUUGUCCCGAUGAACAUCGGUCUGACGUCCAAGGGCAACACUGCGCUUCCAGAGGGUCUGCAAGAUGCAAUUGAUGCGGGCGCAGUUGGCAUGAAGCUGCAUGAAGAUUGGGGGACGACCCCGGCCGCCAUUGAUACCUGCCUCAGUGUUGCCGAGGACAAUGACGUUCAAGUGACGAUCCACACCGACACGCUGAACGAGUCUUCUUGCGUCGAGCACACGAUCGCAGCGUUCAAAGGCCGAACGAUUCACACGUAUCACAGUGAAGGCGCUGGCGGAGGCCACGCUCCCGAUAUCAUCACUGUGUGUGGUGAACCCAACGUGCUUCCGUCGUCGACGAACCCAACGCGUCCAUACACUCGUAACACUAUCGAUGAGCACGUGGACAUGCUGAUGGUCUGUCAUCACUUGAACAAGAACAUUGCCGAAGACGUGGCGUUUGCAGAGUCGCGGAUCCGCGGCGAGACCAUUGCUGCUGAAGACCUGCUGCAGGACAUGGGCGCAAUCAGUAUUAUCUCGUCGGACUCGCAGGCGAUGGGACGCAUUGGCGAAGUGGUCACUCGCACGUGGCAAACCGCCGACAAGAUGAAGAAGGAGCGUGGUCUUUUGCCCGAAGACGCAGCGUCCGACCACAAGUGUGACAACUUUCGUGUCCGGCGGUACGUUGCCAAGUACACGAUCAACCCCGCGAUUGCUCAUGGUAUGUCCCACCUGAUUGGAUCGGUGGAAGUGAACAAACUCGCCGACCUGUGCUUGUGGCGGCCGUGCUUCUUUGGCACGAAGCCCGAGAUCGUGAUCAAAGGCGGGAUGAUCGCUUGCGCUCAAAUGGGGGACCCGAAUGCGUCGAUCCCGACGCCCCAACCCGUGAAAAUGCGGCUAAUGUUUGGUGCCAUGGGCGAUGCUGUGGGCUCGGGCUCGAUCGCUUUUGUCAGCAAGAGUUGCGUGGACAAGAACAUUGCGCAGUCGUAUGGACUCAAGAAGCGCAUUGAACCUGUCCGUCGCUGCCGGGGCGUCACGAAGAAGGAUAUGAAGCUGAAUGACGCGGUGCCCAAGAUAAAGGUCGACCCGGAGUCGUUCAAAGUGCACGCGGAUGGGGAACUGCUGACUUGCGAACCAGCGAUGACGCUGCCACUAGCGCAGCGGUUUUUCCUCUUCUAG